CUCCUCAGCGGGUCGCUGGGGAGCAAGCGGUGGGGGGAAAAUGCAGGAAAAGGAGAAAAACUGGGACAAAUGCAACCUCCUCUCCUGUGGGCCUGGCAGAAAAGGGUUAAGCGAAGCGGUUGAAUGCUGCAAGCCUUGUCAGGGUUGUACUAUUUUUUCUAGUGCAUAAGGAGAAGGGAGAGGAGGGUUGCACGGAAAAGGGAAAUUUCCAAGAAAAGAGGGAUCUGCGGCAAUAUCUGCACCUUGGGGGAUGAAGAGAGGAACCAACAGGCAUAAAUGGCCUGGAGACGGCUGAAAUCUUUGCUGAGGAGAUUGGGACCGCGGGGUUAUUUUCCACCUGCCUCCCCUACCCGGUUCUGUAAUCCUGGCUCAAAGUAGACAAGUCGAGUUGGAGCUGAAGAAGGGAGGUUAGAGGGGUUUUUUGGUUUUUUUUUUUUUUUCUCUUUGGGAGGGAAAAAAAAAAAAGGAAAAAAAUGAGAGGUUGGUUGGACCUCUCUGGGUUGAGCAUCUCCAUGGUGUGAGGCAAUGCAGGAUGAUGUAAAUGAGCACUCGUUAGGAGCGGGGAUGCUGACGACCCGGCACCAACCGGGGACCAGAACCUCAACAUCCCCAUGAGAGAUUUUGCCCACCGGAGUGGAAUCCCCACAGGGCGAUGCCACACCUCCCGAGGACACUGGGGACAUCGGGUUUUGCUGAGCUUAGCAUCUUUUCGCCGGCGUACCGAAAGCAUCAGACAGACGCUCGUCUGCCCUGAAGUGCAGAUCUGCAACAGCUACCGAGAAGACCCUGUCUCUCUGUCUCUCUGUCUCUCUUUCUCUCUCUCCAGUCCAAACCAUUACAAGACCUGACUUCCACCAUCUGGGAAUCUAAGCCCUUUUAUGUCCCUUCUCCUUUUUCUACGAUGACUCACCAUUAUUUUUAACUUUGAAGAGAGAGGAAAUUAUGGGGAUCUUGGAAGCCUGUAUUUCUCUCUAGGAUUUCCCCAGGGUCAGAUAAUCGGUGUUACUAAGAGACACUAAGAUUUGGCUUCUCCAGGUAAUGUGAUUUGUUUUCUGUGUGCCAUGGUGGUUUGCAGAGGAUGACAGGAGCCGGGACACCAGCGAGGAGGGGGACUGCGGUGGUCCGCGGGGCAGCUCGCACCGGCGGCUCCGGCUUCGGAUUCGGCAGGCAGGGAGGGCAGCAUGUGGCCUGGCCACUUUCUGGCCAGGGAAGAGAGGAUGGGGAAGGUGUGGAACUGAAAUCCAGAGUCAGAGCUUUCCUAGAGGGUAGAUUGCCUGAGAUCGCACGGUUAAAUGUUAACCCUUAGCUGCAUGCCUGGAACUGAGCUGAGCCUGCUCUGCCUCUCCCCUCGCCACGCUAGGGCCGGAGGGGGGGAUUUUUCAUCCUUCCUUUCUCUUCCCUUCCCCCUCUUUUCUUCUUGUUUUUUAAAUCGGGAUUUUUAUUUUUAGCCAAAAAAAAAAAAAACAAACAAAAAAACCCCACAAGUCCCGCUUUGCCUGGGCCAGUUUUUCCACACUGGUUUGGACUAGGGGACGGUUCCUCAGGUGUUUUCUCUCUUCCACCUCAUGGGUUUAGAUGGGAGUUGUUGAACUCUGUCCCAAGGAAGGCAAAUUCCCCCCCCCCAGGAAGGGGAUAGACACGCUAGUGAAGAGACCUGCUCUCCUCCCCCCAACUUUAUUUCAUCUCUCUCUUUCUCAGCAGGGGCGAUUUUCUUUCCUUUUUUUUUUUUUAUUUUUUUUUUAUUUUUUAAUUUUUUUUUAUUUUCUCUUUUUUCUUUUAUCUCAUCCCUUCGCCUUUUCAUGAGACACUUCCAAACCUACGUACCUGUCCUUCUGCAGGAUAGUAGCCCUGCCCUGAAUCCGAUCCCACCACCACUGGGCCCUGGGAAGAGUUUAGCCUAAGGAUUUCUUUUAAACCCCAAUAUGACAGUUGCUACUGGAGAUCCUGCAGACGAAGCUGCAGCUCUUCCCGGUCACCCGCAGGACACGUAUAACCCUGAGACCGACCAUGAAUGCUGCGAGAGGGUGGUCAUUAAUAUUUCGGGUCUACGCUUUGAGACGCAGCUCAAGACGCUAGCCCAGUUUCCCGAGACCUUGCUAGGGGAUCCUAAAAAGAGGAUGAGGUAUUUUGACCCGCUCCGGAAUGAGUAUUUUUUUGAUCGGAACAGACCCAGCUUCGAUGCGAUUUUGUACUAUUACCAGUCCGGUGGGAGGUUGCGGAGGCCGGUUAACGUGCCCUUAGAUAUCUUCUCGGAAGAGAUUCGUUUCUAUGAACUGGGGGAAGAAGCGAUGGAGAUGUUUCGGGAGGAUGAAGGCUACAUCAAAGAAGAGGAGCGGCCGUUGCCUGAGAACGAGUUUCAGAGACAAGUGUGGCUGCUCUUUGAGUACCCCGAGAGCUCAGGACCUGCCAGGAUUAUAGCUAUUGUCUCCGUCAUGGUGAUUUUAAUCUCUAUCGUCAGCUUUUGCCUGGAAACAUUGCCCAUUUUUCGGGAUGAGAACGAAGACAUGCACGGCAGCGGGCUGAGCCACCCCCCCUACUCCAACAGCAGCAUGGGGUACCAGCAGUCCACCUCUUUCACAGACCCCUUCUUCAUCGUGGAGACGCUUUGCAUCAUCUGGUUCUCCUUUGAGUUCUUGGUGAGGUUUUUCGCCUGCCCCAGCAAGGCUGGGUUUUUUACCAACAUCAUGAACAUUAUAGACAUUGUGGCCAUCAUUCCCUAUUUCAUCACCUUAGGGACGGAGCUGGCCGAGAAGCCAGAGGAUGGUCAGCAAGGCCAGCAAGCCAUGUCCUUGGCCAUCCUCCGAGUCAUCCGCUUGGUGCGGGUCUUCAGGAUCUUCAAGCUCUCCCGGCACUCCAAGGGGCUGCAGAUCCUGGGGCAGACUCUCAAGGCCAGCAUGCGGGAGCUGGGCCUCUUGAUAUUUUUCCUCUUCAUCGGUGUCAUCCUCUUCUCCAGCGCCGUCUACUUUGCCGAGGCUGAUGAGAGCGAGUCCCAGUUCCCGAGCAUCCCCGAUGCCUUCUGGUGGGCUGUGGUUUCCAUGACGACUGUUGGCUACGGAGACAUGGUCCCCACGACCAUCGGGGGGAAAAUAGUGGGUUCCUUGUGUGCCAUCGCUGGCGUAUUAACGAUUGCCUUACCAGUGCCCGUCAUAGUGUCUAACUUCAAUUACUUCUACCACCGGGAGACGGAGGGAGAGGAGCAGGCUCAAUAUUUGCAAGUAACCAGCUGCCCAAAGAUCCCCUCUUCCCCUGACCUAAAGAAAAGCAGAAGUGCCUCUACUAUUAGUAAGUCUGAUUAUAUGGAGAUUCAGGAAGGCGUAAACAAUAGCAAUGAGGAUUUUAGGGAGGAGAACUUGAAGACAGCCAAUUGCACCCUAGCUAACACAAACUAUGUGAAUAUCACCAAAAUGCUAACCGAUGUCUAGUCGCUAAAAUCUAGUAACGUGUUUAAAGCUGAAGUGGAACAAUUGCAGAUAUUGAGUGCUGCUCUGCAUUGUAGUUAAUACAGUAUUUUCUACGGUGUAUAUUUGGUUCUGCAUGGGAAGCAAUAGCUGUGUAAGUGACUUUUAACCUUUGAUUUCCACACUGAAUAAGCGUUCGUGCAAAAAAAACCAAACAAACAACCCGCCCCAAACCAUUUCGUUUCCCUUCUCCCAUCCCAGGCUUGUGGGUUUCCAAAGAUACGGAGCGGUUGGGCAUUUCGAGCAACAGGAUGGGGAUGCGGGGGGCAGCUCCCGGCCGUCCUGGGGUACCACGACCGCCGGUCCCCGGCCUGCGGAGCUGGGUGACAGUCCGUCACAGGCGUGGGGAACGGCUGGGAAAGGUGGGGCAGAACUGAAUGAAGGGAAGAGGCAGUUGUGUGUCCCGGUUGCCUGAAGGCUCGGCUUUCCGCCCCGGGAAUGCCAAGUGCGAACGCAUCGCCCAGGCUCAUGUUUCAUAACUGAAAAUGCUGCAUGCUGCAAUAGUUUCAGCCACUGCAGUAUGCCAGUGUGAGGCCCAGGGGAGGGAUAAUUAGUAUGACGGCACAUUAUUUAUUAAGUCUUAAAUUUUCUACGCUAGGCAUCGGGAGGGACGAGUAAAUAAAUCAAGCGCUUGGAUUUUAUUUAUUUAUUUAGAUGACAAUUCCAUCACUAAUAUUUUCCAGGAUCACCAAAGACACCUCCACUGACACAUCGAAAAUGAGUUGGAAAAAGCAUCUUUUUUUAUAUCUAUAUAUAAAACUGGAGCAACUAUGCUGUGGCCUAUAAUAUAUUUAUGCUGCAGUGAAAUUUAACCAGUAAUACACAGUACAGCUGCAUGGAUAUUUGUUGCAUGAAUCUGAAUAUUUAAUACACACACAAAUAUAUAUUUUCUUAGUAGACUAUACAGUAUUCAUGUUUAUAGUGUUUAUAGAUCCUCCGGUGGCUCGAAGGAGAUUCAUGGGAGUUAAAAAAUCUCCAUUAUAUUUAAAAACUGGAUGGGGAAGGCACAUGCUGACAACAGUUUGAUAGAUAACAAGGCAAAGCCUGAGUGUCCGAGCGUCCAGACACAAGAGCCAAGUAAUGCAAGCCAGGGAAGGUGAGCUGAAAGUGAAACACCUGCACUCAUUAUGGGGCGAGUAAUUAGUCAUUAAUCUUGGUGUCAUGAGCAGAAAGCACCGUGGGUCAGAGAAGGCACGAGGAGCAGGUGGAAUAGCAGGUACCAGCUCUCCUGACUUGUUUGUUCAGCAAUUUUCAGCUGUUUCCCGUAUAAUUAUCGUGUGUGUGUGUAUAGAUAUUUAGAGAGCGACACUAGGGCCGAAUCCUCAGCAAAUGUGAGCGCUUGGAGCACUGGGGGGGCUCCCGGUUCAGGGGUGCCGGGAUGGUGGGACAUGGGCUGGAGCAGGAUGCCCUGGCCCGCAGCACCCAUGGGACAACCAGGGCAGGGUGCGUUUUGGGCUGAAAACCUCCUUUUCAACCACAUAGAGGCUCAGGGCUGGUGGUUUAUUCCUUUAUGGUGGAAAGGGCACGUGCUGAGGGGGGGGCUGGAUCCGUGCUGGCACCUCUGAGCCUUUGCUUUGCGUUCUUCCAGGAUUUUUAGGAGGGGUGAGGCGAGGUGCAGAGACCUUGAGGUUAUCUCUGCUUCUUCUUCAUCCCCGGUGUUAUUUGGGGAUAGGUGGGACCUGUUGGUCCAGGGGGAUCUCAUCCGCUUUCCCCAUCCCUGUCUGGUUUUCCUUGUGUUUCCCCCGCCGUUGCUGACAAUCCCCAGGGAUGGACGCCCCGUUCCUCUGCCGGGUCGGGGGAAGAGGGAUGCAAACCUCUUCCAAGGUCUUGGUCAGGCAAAGCCUCCCCGGGGUGCAGGAUGGGGUUCAGCAGCCGGUUGAGUUGGGGUGUAUUUGGGUUGGCGUGGGGCACGGGCAGCGCUGCACUGCUGCGGUGGUGGGAACCGCACGGCCGAGCACCCAAGGGACGUCCCUCAGACCCGUCCUGAGCUCAGAGAGGGGAACCACACUAAUAACAAUAAAAUAAACGGUGCUAGCGUAUUCUACAGCAAUGGUUUAAAAUGCUGCUUUAGGGACGGAUCCACCUCUUGUGCUGACAUGGCUCCACUCGGCCAGGUGGAAUCACUCCUCACUUUUAUUUUAUUGAUUGAUUCAGGCCUAGCUAUAAUUAACACCAAGUGUCCACAAUUAGUGCAUGAGAAUCCUGGCUUCUGCUUGGUGCAGAGGACCAGCAGCAUCAAUGCAUUGGGUCUCAAAGGUGCUCAGCACCACACAGCCUGGGGCCCCCGGCCUGUCUUUAGUCACAUCUCGUUAUAUUAGGAACCCUCUGCUCCCUCUUUGCUGCUGCAGCUCUGAAAUGGGAGCCCCUGAAACCUGUUAAUGUGUUAUAUACACACACAAAAAAGAAGCAACGCAACUGAAAGCAAUAAAUUUCUGCUUCUGAAGCUCAUCCCGUCGAAGGGGAUGGGGCUGGAGGGAGUCACCGGCUUGGGCACCAUUCCCAGGGCAGUCAGCCAGUUUCCAUCGAUCCGGCUCGCGGUGGGUCCGUGGGGACGCAAGCUUGCACGGGGAAGCUGCCUGAUGCACCAGGAUGCUGAUGCACCAGGAUGCUGCCCGCUCACCCGUGGGUGCCCCUGGCACCAGUGGUCCCAUCCAUGGGGUGUGGGAAGCACCGAGCGCGGGUUGCUGCGGGGUUUUGGGGGGAUGCUGGCACACAAUGAGACUUUGUGAAGGGUUCGGUUGUUUAAUGCCCAUGGGCUUCGGGUGAUUUUGGUGGUGGUGGUGGGGAUUACCAAAGUAUUGGGUGCAUCUUGGGAGCAUGAGCACGGCUGUGGUUUGGGGAGAAGGAUGGUGACGGGUUUAUUGGGAGGUGUUGUUCUGGGCACGGUGUCCCUCUGGGCUUUCUGAGGCUGGACAGGAGGGGAGAGUGGAUCCGUGAGCAGGAUCAGGCCCAUCCAAACCCGCUCAGGUCCCAGCUGCCUUGGGAAACCCCAGAGCUGCAUUGCAGGGACAAACGGGGCCAAGGAGUAAAAGGCCACGUUCCUCCCAUCAUCACCAAUGUGAGCUGGCAUCUGUCCCCAUGGCAGGGGUCAGCACGGCCGCUCCCUCCCUCGGGACAGACCCUGCACCUCUCGCACUGACCCAGGCAGAUGUUCCUGGGGAAGACCAGCCUUGGUGGGAGCGUGUCUCUGGGCUGCCCUUGGCACGGCGUUUGGGAAAUAGGGAAAACCUGGAUAAGUGCUCAGAUGUUUAGUAUGGGGCAAACAAGGUCCACGGGGGCCGUGGGCUGGAAGCGAAGCAUCAGGCUGCACAAGGGUCCAGGUUUCUCCACUGCACAGAGAAAUGGUUCCCCUAAAGCUUUUAAUGGGAUUUGUGCCUGCAGGUCGGAGCUCUAGUGCUAUUUCUAGCUUUGCUUCUGACUCACUGAUGUGAUCUUGAACCAGUUUUUCAGGAGGAGACUGUGAUUUUUUUGGGAAAAAAGAAAUAUGGUUUUAUUUUUUUCUUGAGGAAUUUGGUUUGAAACUCUGGGCCCCUUUCUGUGGAGAUGCUGAGCAUCCCAAACUCCCCUUGACUCUGAAAGGUGCAAAAAUGAGCUGCAAAGUGGCUCAGACUGAGGAUGCUAAAUCAGGGACCAAGGAAGGGGAAGGUCCUACCAUCCUCAUCGGAUUUCAUCGGGCCACCUAACGUAGGUACUCUGGUUCCUCUCCUCCUCCCAUGGAGGUGUUUGCCUCUCUCCAGGCGGGGGAUGGAGGACUGAAGCUCUCUGGUUUAUGGAGAUGCUCCUGGGUUGGUACCCAGAAGGGACAGCACCUGUAUUUUGGUUUUACCCUUUGUGCUUUGUGUUUUGGAGAGAUGGAAAGUGGUGGUUACAGCACGGGUUGUCUUCUAGGACCCAACCACGUGCCCAAGCCUGCAGGCAACCCAUCAGCCCUUUAAUAUCUUCCAAAAUCUCUGCUAAGGGCAAUGGGGUGAGGCUCGUGUACCAGCUGGAUGCCAGCAAGCGAUUAGGGCUGCUAGGAAAAAAUUAUCUGUGUGGGGGAAAGUGUUUAGUUGGGAAAACUAAUCUCUGCGGUGACGUUUUGUGUCCAGGUCCUACAGAUUUGAAUACUGAGCUAUACGACGAAAAGGAUCUCUAGAUUGGCGUUAUGAGAGUGUAGCAUGUGGGUGUGUAAAUAUGGACAUAUUUAUGCGUAAAUACACAGAAGGAGAGAAGAAGACAGAGGAGGAGGAAGUAUUUCAGGAAGGGCCUUGCUUUGUUAUCAGAUAAUUCCUGGGUCAGCCCUUGAAAUUGCUGCCAAAGUCUUGUAGCUUUUCCAGAGCUUGCAACACUCUCAGGGAUGGGCCCAAGCCAAGGAGAUGCGAAUCUGGCCUGGGAAGUGGGAGCAUCCCGAGGGGCAAGCAGCAUUCGGCUCCGUGCACCCCUCUGCAAACCAGCAGAUCUGCAGCAUCUCUGUUCCCGAUCCCAGAUCCCCGGGCUGGUGGCUGUGGCUGUGCAGGGAAAGCCCAGCAGAAGCCGAAGGGAUUUGUUUGCGGUGCAGGCGCUGUGCUGCACUCGGGGGUUUUCGACUGGUUGGAUUUUAGAUCCCUUUGAACCACGCGGGCUUGUGGUCCCAGGGUGGUGGUGAGAAGCAUCUCCUUGUUUUGGAGCCGGGGUGGGUUUAUAUCAAGGUCUACAUCCAUGGAAGGCCUGGAAGGGGGGGUCCCAGGGGUUUCUCCUGUCAGUAGGAGCUGCUCAGUGUGCUGCUAGGGUGGAAGAGGCUGAGGAAAGAAGGAGUCAGCCCCAAACCUUUUCGUUUUGUACCCAAAAAAAGGCUGUGGCUCCCUCCUUGCACCCCUGGCAGCAUUUGACCUCCUCCGCAUCUAGCACAUCCCUCAGUCCAUCCCCUUGGGGGGCAGCUGCUCCCCUCUGCCAGGAGCCCUGGGGGAGGGACAAGGGUCCCCUCCGUGCACCAGCCACCAUCCUGCCCCUGGCCAAAGCACUGGCCUCCCCCAGCCCCCGGGUGAACGGCGUGCCUCGGUCUCCUCGUGGUGUUACUGCAUUUGGCUGCCCCAGUAUCAUCCCCCCUUCUCAGAACUGGGCGCUGGGCUCCUGCCUCGUCCCAUCGUGGGGGGAGAUGAACCAGCCUCCAGUAGUGUAAACCGUCCCUGGGAGCUCAGCGCUGAUUUACACCCAGGGGCAAGAUCCCCCAGCCCAGUUGUACGUGAUGAGAGGAAAAUUCCUUAUCCAUGUUUCUCCUCUGGCGAGGGGGAGGUGGGGGGGGUUGGCUUCUAGGAGCUGCUGGACAUGGUGUAACCACACAAGGUCCACGCACGUGGACACUCGCGGGGCCCACGUUCCCCUCCCCAGCCCUGCCCGUCCUGAGCUUGGGGGUCAGUCAGUCUUUUGGACUUUGGUUUUAUUUUGAAAAAAAUUAAUUUGUUUAAUUUCUUUUAAUUUUCUGCCGCCUAGAAGACUAUAAUUAUCUAUUUGCACUUGCUCCCUUGUUGCUUGAGAUUGCGCUCUUGUCCUCCAAUGUCACACGCCGAAGCGCAAGGGGGGAAAAAAAUGGGUAUUGGAUCCACCCCGCGUGCGAUGCCGAAUUUGAGCGAAUCGAUAGGAAGAGGAAAUCCAAGAAGGACUCAUCCUAAGGAUGCUGGAACUGAACCUUUUGUUUCCAUGGUUACGGGAGAAAUGGGACCGGGAAUGGAGAGAGGCCUAUAAACUGUUCAAGGAGGACUCGUGGGAAUUUCAAGUCAUUUAACCAUGCGUUUGCUAGACACAAAUUUAGACACCAGCUGUAUCCGAAUUGCACAGUGUGUAUAGACGUGACUGCUCUUAUUGACGAUGUGGGGGUGUCCCGGGGGUUGGGUGGGUAAGGGGCUGAGGGGCACCCCCGUCAAUAAGGCUGACCGUUGUAUAUAGGUAUAUAGAUCUGUGUACAUACGUAUUCCAAAUGAGCAUUUGCUGUCUGGUUUAUCAUGAGUGUAUAUAAUUUAUUCUUCACAGAGUAUCACGAUUUUUGUAAAUAUCAGCACUAAUUAAGAGAAAAUAAAUAUGUAUAUUAUUGAGGA